GUUUAUGGGCGUGCGUUGCAGUAAGGACGCUCAGUUCCCGUGGAUGAUGUAGAAGUUUUUGUGUGAAAUGUACCCAAAUUCGUAGGUGGGUGAAAUUGACAUUUUGAAAUUGACAAGUGUCAAUUUCAAACUGAAAUGGAUCAAACCUCGGAUCGUAUUUUCAAAGAAGGGAACCUGUCUCCGGUGGUGUACAGUUUCGCGCAGAUGAAGGGCGUGACGUCGACGACACUUGUAGAUUUUUCAUGUCGAUUUACAUGGAGUGUAACGGAUUUCAAAGAAAACGACCAGGACCAAAACAUGUCGAUUUCAACCCAUCCGGAACCGAGAUAUAUUUCAUCUCAACGCCAUAUCCCUUCAAGAGAUUCUUUCAGUCACCUUUACAACCAGCCAAUGUGCCAAGCCUGCCCGUAUCAAGCUGCACCAAACGCUAUGUCAAAUCCACUGUCAAGCACGAUGUCAAGCCCUAUGUCAAGCCCACUGUCACAUCCUCUUUCACUUCCGCCUCCACAUAUGCACCUCCCCAACUACGGUCAACAUCCGGGUGUGUACCCAAGGGGACAUGUGACCCCAAAGACAUUUUCUCCGGUCCUGAUCUACCACCGGCCGUCCUUGACAUUUGGCGAUAGAUUUAAAGAUGCCGAAAAUAAGGAAGCUCAAACUUCAUAUUUUGAGAAAGACCGGUUCAGGCUUGGAUUGCAUGGACUUGAAUACAAACGCAUGUUUCAAGGCGAUAAUGUCAAAGGAGGGGAAUGCACAAAAGACGGUCUUGGAUUUAAUUCAGCUGGAUACCAAAAUUGUCUAUACCCUGAAUUCAAAAGACCCGGGUUUGUUGUUCCGCAUCAACCAACAUUGCAACCGAGCCAAUGGCUUCCGCGGGCAGAAAAAGAAGUUUUGAAAUUACCUCACGGGGAUCAUAGUACAACGAGCGCAUUUCAAGCAUGGAGGCCACAGGAACAAAGGAGGAAUCCUAGUUUUCCUUACAUCCCAGAGUUUAAACCAAGCAACCAACAAGCUCCGAACACUGACAGUGCAAAAUUGAAAUUCUUCCUGGACACUAAAUACGGACUUGCGGACAGUUCCGAGUUUCCUGUUUCAGUGGAGCCGGAAAUGGGGCUAAAACCGGAAUUUACAUCAGGGUUCCCAUCGGAAUAUCCGUUUGAAGCAUCAUUCUCGGAUCCCUUCCUGGAGAUGCUGAAUGACCCUCUGCUGUCCCCCAAUUCCGAGGAGGGGGAUGACAGGAGGGGGAGGAAGUAUAAGUGCCCCUACUGUAGCGUCUCCUGCGCCAACAACGGCCAGCUGAAGGGACAUCUCCGUGUACACACAGGUGAGAAGCCAUUUCGCUGUGACUUCGUGGACUGUGGCCGAGCAUUUGCCAGGAACGAAGAACUGACCCGUCACCGUCGAAUCCACUCCGGACUCCGCCCUCACACGUGCAGCACGUGCAGCAAAAAGUUCGGAAGGAAGGAUCAUCUCAAUAAGCACCAGAAGACGCAUCUGAAGACGGCGGAGAAGAAAGUGCACAUGUGUAAUGUACCCGGAUGUGAGCAGAGAUACACGAGGUCAGACGCUCUAGCCCGCCAUCAGUGGGGAGCGCAUGGCAUUAAAUCAAAGUCUCCAAAAUGGCGGACACAAGUCAGAGACAAUAAACAAGCAUGUGUUUAAGUGGACAAAGUGAAACAGAUAACUUAUUAAAAAAGGAUUCUGCAAGGGAAAGGCUCGACAUGUUUUGAUAUGAGAAAUGAACGGUUUAUUUAGCAAUAUUGACCGGGGCGGUUAAGUAAUUGAAUGUGAAUAUAUUCAUACCCCAGUUCGAUUCCCAACAGGGAUAAACUAUAUACGUGGUAAACUUAUACGUGUGACUCUUUGUUGGAAUUCGGAAUAAAAUCCUAUUUAUUGA